AUUUACAAGUUUAUUUUUUGGAUUUCUUUGUUGAUGAUAAUAAAUUUGUAAUCAUAUGCGAAUGGAAACAAUAAGUUUGAACUUUAUCACAUAAUAUUAAAAGUUAUGAGUCACUUUUAUUAUAACUAACGAGAAAUUCCAUUUAAUAAAAUUUUGCUUUAAUUAAAAAUGUAUGUCCCUAAAGAAAAUUCCGAAAACAAUGGAGAAGAGAGUGAUACUGAAAGUAUUUAUGAAGAUGAAGACGAGACGACUAGAAUUCUUCCUCCUGAGGUUGAAGAUACCACAAAUUGCUUAAAGGCCCGACAUAUUUUAGGUAUAUUGGGCUUUUUAGGCUUUGCCAAUGUAUAUGCAAUGAGAGUUAACUUAUCAGUAGCAAUUGUAGCCAUGGUCAAUACCACCCAACAAGUUUUCACUAAUAACUCUUAUGAUCAUUGUCCUGUUACAGACAAUAGCACAAAUACAAAUGGCACUGUUACACCGGGUGAAUUCGACUGGGACGAAAAGACCCAAAGUAUAGUGCUGGGAUCAUUUUUCUACGGAUAUGUGCUAACUCAGGUGCCAGGGGGUCGAUUGGCUGAGAUUUUUGGCAGCAAGCGAGUAUAUGGAAUAGGUGUUUUGGUCACUUCGAUCUUCACUCUACUUACACCAAUUGCUGCGAGAAUGAACUUUACGCUAUUUAUUAUCGUUAGAGUUUUAGAAGGAAUGGGCGAGGGUGUCACUUUUCCUUCGAUGCACGCUAUGUUAGCUAGAUGGAUUCCUCCUUUGGAAAGAAGCAAAUUUGCGGCGUAUGUUUAUGCGGGUACCAAUUUUGGAACGAUACUUUCGUUACCAAUAUCCGGAUGGCUGUGUUCCCUAAAAUUAGAUAAUGGUUGGCCUUUAAGUUUUUAUAUUUUCGGAGUAUUGGGCAUCGUCUGGUACUUAUUUUGGAUACUAUUAAUAUACGAUACUCCAAUGUCACAUCCAAGGAUCGAUCCGCAGGAGAAAGCUUUUAUUUUAGCCAGUAUAGGACCUCAGGACGACCGGGAUACGUCUUCAAUACCAUGGAAACAUAUGUUACGGUGCAUGCCUUUAUGGGCUAUAUUAGUAACACAAUGUGGUCAGUCUUGGGCAUUUUACACCCAGUUGACAGAACUGCCAACGUAUAUGGCACAAAUUUUACACUUUGAUAUACAAUCGGAUGCUUUGCUUUCGGCUGUUCCAUAUUUCACAAGUUGGAUCGGUGGUAUAUUAUUCAGUAUAUUUGCAGAUUGGUUACUUAGUAAAGGGUACUUAUCGCUAUCAACAUCAUACAAGGUGUUCAAUUCCGUAGCGUCAGUUAUUCCUUCUAUUGGAUUACUCGGGGUAGCAUACGUGGGUUGUGACAAGGUAGCAGCCCAGCUGCUGCUGGCUCUUACAGCUACGUUCGGCGGUGCUGUAUAUGCAGGGAACCAAAUGAAUCACAUCGCGUUGAGUCCACAGUAUGCAGGUACUAUGUACGGAAUCACUAACUCUGCAGCCAAUAUGUGUGGAUUUUUGGCUCCGUACGUGAUAGGGCUUAUAAUACAAGGACAGGAAACCCUCGGACAAUGGAGAAUGGUCUUCUAUCUUGCAGCUGGCAUUAACAUCGGCACAAACUUAUUCUACAUCAUGUUCGCCAGCGCUAGGGAAAGAUCGUGGUCGAGGUCUCGACGUUUGAGCAACAUCAACUGACAAGCACUGUAUCUCGCCAUGAUGGUCGAUGCCUAGGCAAUUUUUGUAUGAUAUAUUAGGUAGUAUUAAUAAGUACAAUAUUUAAUUUUAUAUAAAAAUAGGGUAAAAUAAUAUUAAGAGAACAAUGUGAUCGAAUAUUUUUAUUCCUACUGUAAAUUAUGAACCUUUAUAUUCCAAAGUUAUCUAUUAGAUAAUAUAUAAUUUAUUUUCGAUACU